AUGUCUGGUUACAAUCCAUACAACAACCCAUACGGCAAUGGAGGCCAUCCACCACAGGGAGGAUAUGAUCCAUAUCACAACACUCCCAAUCAUUCUGCUUAUGAACCACACGUUGGUGGACAUAUAGGAGGACAUCCACCGCAUCAUCCAACAUUCCACGAGGAGCCACACCAUCAUCACCACGCACCUGAAUAUGACCCAUAUGAGAGUCAUCACUCUGAACACCAUGAGCAUCAUCACCAUCACCAUCAUCAUCACUAA